CUCUGGUUUGCCUUGUGUCUCUUUCAUCUUCUGAUAAAGGAACUACAAGAACUCCACUCCGCUCUGGAAGAAGCAAAAGCUGAUAUAGUUGGCCUUUGGGCGUUGAAAUUCCUAAUCCACAAGGAUUUGCUUCCAAAGAGUUUAUUGAAGUCCAUGUAUGUUUCAUUUCUUGCUGGAUGCUUCCGCUCAGUGCGGUUUGGUCUUGAGGAAGCUCACGGAAAAGGACAAGCAUUGCAGUUUAACUGGUUGUAUGAGGAAGGAGCCUUUAUCUUGAACCCUGAGGAAACAUUUUCUGUUGACUUUACCAAGGUUGAAGGUGCAGUUGAGAGCUUGAGUAGGGAGAUACUCACCAUACAAGCAAAAGGUGACAAAGAGGCUGCAAAUUUGCUGCUACAGAAACACGGCAAACUGACGGACCCAUUAAAAGUUGCUCUGCAAAGAUUAAAGAAAAUUCAGGUACCUGUGGAUAUAGUUCCCACGUUCUCGGUGGUUGAUAAAAUAUUGGAGCAAAGACGCUAAAUUGAUACGAGACAGACAAGCUUCGAUGGCUUUUUAUUCUUCACACAUUAAUCAGGUUGAGUGGUGCAACAAUUAAAGGUUGUUCUAUUUAUGAGCUCCUCACUCUAGACACAAGAUAUAUGACGUGACCUACAAGAAAACGUGAUGGUUGUUUCGACGUGUUUAGGGCUCAUUUGGUAUUUCUGUGAAUUUUUUCUUUUCUUAAAGAAGUUUUUGCUUUUGUU